GGUUGCUUCGUCGUGCGGCCUCCAUCGCCCUGUCAGCCCUCCAUGGCGAUUGCCUCGAGAGCUUAUGCCUUUUCGAGCAGGUGAUACGGUAGGCGCUUAUGCAGUAGAUCGUCUUCUCGGUCGCGGGGCCUACGGGGAGGUGUUCCUGGUGCAUGGACAGGUGCAGUAUGCAAUGAAGGUGAUUCCAUGCGACCUGGGGCCAAAGCAGGAUCCUGGUUUGGACUGCCCUCGCGCUGACCCAACUCUCCAGGCAGCUUUGGUUGAGGCCAGCUUGCUGCAGGAGUUGCGAUACCCCCACAUCGUUUGCGAGCUUGGAGAACUUUCGCGACAAAAGCACCGAGCACCGCAGCAAACAUGCCUCAGGUCAGGUGUGAGGAAGUUCUUUUCGACAUUGCCCGAGAAACUUUGUGCUUGGUGCUGGAAUACAUGGAUGGUGGGGACCUUCGUGGCCUUAUCGAGCAGCGACGCAGAGAGGUGGCAGUCGGGACGAACAUCAAGAAUGGUGAACCGCAUCCUUUAGCAUCAAUCGCGAAUCCGCCAGUUGUAACUCGAAUGCCUCUCAAAGACACUUUUUGUAUAUCUGGAUAUGAUACUGAGUCGAAG